AUGAAAGGCCGACUAUUGCUAUCUACUCUGAUUCAUGCAAUUUUCGCCCAAUAUGGUGAAAUUAUGGCGGCUUGUUUGAAUUUGAUGAAUGUUCCGAUAAAAUCAUUUUUUCGCAAAAGUUUGAAAGAUCAUUAUGGCGUAGAAAAUGAAGAAAGUUUCGAAACGAUUUUCUCAGCAUGUGCUUCUUUUAUGUUUAUUGGUUUGAUGGUUGCAUUCAUAUUCUUGGGGAAACUUAUGGAUGGUUUAGGAAGAAAAGAAACAAUCAUGUUAAGGUGAGAAUUGAGAAAAGAGCACACUUCAUUACUUUUUUUCCAAAGUAAUUAUUUCCAAUUUUCCAAAAAUAGUUAUCUCCAAAAACUGAUAAGAAAUUUCAAAAAAAGACGCCCAGUGUUUUUUUUUUCAAAAUUUCUCCGAUCUUUCAGAAGUUUUCUUGGAAUUGUUGGUUCAAUAUGUAUGAUCUCUUCUCAACUUUUGGAUCGAUUUGAAUUAUAUGUCAUUGGCCAUUUUAUUGCUGGUGUUUUAUCCGGUCUGAGAGUUGUUCUAAUUAUUUGGAUGGCUGAGUGUAGUCCAGAUUCCAAACGUGGUCUCACUUCACUUUUCAUCAAUUCCGGAGGUGUUAUAAUGGUUUUAGCUGUGACACCUUUAUGUCUUCCUACAAUUUUUGGAACAGAUGGGUUAUGGUCAGUUUGAAAUUCCCCUGGAAAGUUUUAGCUUCAUCCCAUAUUUUGCAGGUUCCUUCUUCCUUGUAUCACAGGACUAUUGGCAACAAUUCAUUUGAUUCUUAUUGUAUUUCUUCCACAAAGUCCGAAACAAUUAUUCAUUCAACAACAAGAUGAAUCAGCUGCUCGAAAAUCACUUCGAUUUUAUUAUGGAAGUGAAAGUAAAGAAAUUGACGAUGCAAUUCAAGAAAUGAUUAGUGAAAAUAAACAAGCUAAAAAGAAGAAGUCAAUUCUCGAUAUUUUACAAAACAAUUCACACCGUCUUUCAUUUUUUGUAGUUUUUAUGUGCUCUUUGGUUCCAGUAUUUUCUGCUUUCAAUAUCAAAAGUCAAUAUUUGGUUGAUAUUUUAAUAUCUUAUGGAUUAACACAAUCAGAUGCAACACUUGCAAUGAUGGCAAUAUCAAUCAUAUCUCUACCAAUGUCAUUUAUUUCUCCACUUAUGAUUGAAAAAUAUGGAAGACGACCUGUAUUUGUUGGUCUCACUUGGCUUUGUGCAUUAGAAUGGAUUGGUUUGGCAAUAUCUGAAGGAUUAAUUGAUUUGGGAUUGUCAUCUUACUGGAUUUGGACAAUUGCUUGUAUUUCUGUUAUUUUCGGUCAAGUUGCAUUUAAUAUGGGUAUUUUGGUGAUGGCACCAAUUAUGAUUUCUGAACUUUGUCCUCAUAAUAUUCGCGCAAUUGUUUCUCAAUACACUCAAGUUCCCCCAGUUGGUAUUGCAGUUCUUGAAGUAUUCAUGUUCCCAACACUUCGACAACAUUUCGGAGCGCCAAUGUUUUUAUUCUUGGCAUCUUGUUGUGCUGCACUGGCUGUUGUUCUUCAUUCACAGGUGAGAAAAUAUUAUUGAUUUCUCGGAAAAUCAAAUUUGAUUGACACCCGAUGAAAAAAUUUGUUAAAAUAACACAAGUUCGCAACAUCCAUCAUUUCUGUCAGAUAAUAUUUUGUGGUUACUGUAGUUUUUAUAACCAAAUCAGGUUCAGAAGAAACAACUAAAUAUCACAAACUAUUACAGUUGAUAAAACUAGGUUGAUCACUUUUGAAAGAGAAAAAAGGAAAAGAAAAGAAGAACAUUGAUCUGAUAAAAAGAUCGGGUUCAAUUGUAAUUUUUAGUAGUCAAAUAAAAAAAACAAUUCAAAUGUUUUGCAGAUGCUUGAAACUGCUGGUCUCGCAGUUGAUGAAAUUGUUAGCCGACUUGGCGGUGAUCAUCGAACUCUUCAUCGAUCAAACACUUCCGUCGGUUGGAUCCAUUAUGGUAGUCUUUGGGAGGCGGAACCCGACGACUAUCGAAAACCCACGCAAGUCAUCUAA